CCGGAAGGGAAGUGGGCGGGGCCGCGGCCGGAGCGGCGAGCGGGCCGCGGAGCUGCCGGCAGGCGGAGUGAAGACUCCCUGGAGCCCCGGGAUGCCCUGGCAUGGCCUGCGGUGCCCCCCAGCAGACCAGCCAGAUGGCGGAGGAGAUCCCGGGCUUCCUCGACACCUUCCUUGUUGACUUCCCGGCCCCACCUGGCCCCGAGAGCCCGCUGCCAUGGGAUGCGCCCGGGAGCACGCUGAGCCAGGAGGAGGCUGAGGGGGAGCUGCUGGAGCUGGUGGGGACCUUCCUGAGGAGCAGGAAUGCUGUGCCACACCUCGCCUCGUCCCUGGCCCACGCAGCCGUGUCCCAGUUGUUGCAGACCGAUCUCUCGGAGUACAGGAAGUCGCCCCAGCAGGAGGAGAACCAUGAGGAAGAGGAGACAGAUCCUGUGACCCUGCUGGAUGCCAAAGGCCUGGCCAGGAGCCUCUUUAACCAGCUCUGGGAAGUCUGUGGUCAGUGGCAGAAGCAGGUGCCACCGGCCACCCUGGCCCCAAAGUGCCAGUGGCUGGUUUCUGUCCAUGCCAUCCGCAACACCCGCCGCAAGAUGGAGGACCGCCACGUCUGCCUGCCCACCUUCAACCAGCUCUUCGGCCUGUCCGACUCUGUGGACCGCGCCUACUUUGCCGUGUUUGACGGCCACGGAGGGGUGGACGCUGCUAGGUACGCUGCUGUGCAUGUGCACGUCCACGCCGCCCGCCAGCCAGAGCUGCCCACCCAGCCCGCAGAGGCCCUGAGACACGCCUUCCAGCGCACCGACCACAUGUUCCUCGGCAAAGCCCGGCGGGAGCGGCUGCAGAGCGGAACCACGGGGGUGUGUGCGCUCCUCACCGGCAAGACCCUGCACGUGGCCUGGCUCGGGGACUCCCAGGUGAUCCUGGUGCAGCAGGGACAGGUGGUGAAGCUGAUGGAGCCGCACAGACCCGAGCGGCAGGACGAGCGGGAGCGCAUCGAGGCGCUGGGUGGCUUCGUGUCUCACAUGGACUGCUGGCGCGUCAACGGCACCCUGGCUGUCUCCAGAGCCAUUGGGGACGUGUUCCAGAAGCCCUAUGUGUCCGGGGAAGCGGACGUCGCCUCCCGGGAGCUGACGGGUUCUGAGGACUUCCUGCUGCUGGCCUGCGACGGCUUCUUCGAUGUCGUCCCCCACCAGGAGGUCCCUGGCCUGGUGCAGGCUCGCAUGGCGGAGCGGCAGGGCAGUGAGCUGCGUGUCGCCGAGGACCUGGUCGCCGAGGCCCGGGAGCGGGGCUCCCACGACAACAUCACAGUCAUGGUGGUCUUCCUCAGAGACCCCCGCGACCUGCUGGAGGCCAGGGCCCAGGGGGCAGGGGACCGCCGGGCAGACAGCGGAAGCCGGGACUUGCUCUCUGGCCUUCCAGAGCCGGAGACCGACGCUCCGCGGCAAAGCUAAGCUGCCCUGGCCCCUGCCCCGUGCUCUCCCCCCUCCAAUGCCUUAGGGCCCAGCAGGUGGCACUGGGCACCGCCCACGCAGCCCUUUCCCCAGGACCCCAAGCUCCUUGUGCCACUCGCCCGUCUUGGAGGCUGUGGACUUGCCGUGGACAUGGGUAGUCAGGAGUGUGGUGUCCCCUCACGGCUCUCCCAGGAAGCCUCAGGACGCAACCCGUGCCAAAGAGCCAGGUCUGGAAGAGUCAGCCCCGGGCUCAGAGAGUUGCCAGUUAGCCCCUCAGCCGGCCCAGGAGCCCGGACGCUCUCAGACCUGUCGGGGGUGGCCAUUCCUCCUGGCCCCCGGCCAGGCUCCCCACCCACGGGCAGUGCCGGGCCCAGGCCUGGCCUCCCCAGCCCUCUCCCUCCAGCCCACGGAGUGGAGUGGCAGAGUGACCCCCUGUGUGUCUUUGUAUUUGGGUCUUCUUUUUUCUUACUCCAGGGGAGCAUCUUGCCCAAAAGCAGUAUUUCAGGUUUUGUCUGUUUUUGUCAGUGCCAAGGUAACCCUGUUGUGUGGCGUAACUUAUGCAGAACUUAGCAUUUAUCUCAUUCCUGAGGGAACUGAAGUAUUGAUUUUGUGUGUGGGGGGGUUGUUUUUUGUCGUUUUUUGGUUUGGGGUUUUUUUUUGUUUUGUUUUGUUUUUGCAGUAUUACUGAUUUUUAUUUUCCUAAAUCAGGAUUGAAAGGAACCUUUCUCCCAGGUGGUGUUAAUAAGCCAUUCAAGUGCCUUAACAGCCCGGGCCUGGCUUGGGCUGCAGAGCACAGGGUGGUGUGAUGGGCUGGGCGUGUUUGAGUUUUCACAGAUGCAGGCUAUAUUUUGCUACGGUGGCGGGGGCUGGGCUGCAUGAAUUCUUCCCGGGAGAAGUCACUCUGCCUCUCUGUGGUGUGGGUAGCCUGCCCCCUGCCCACCUUGGCCAUUCAUGUCUCUGGUCGACCGCCAGCGGGGGAGCCCAGCAUUGUGAGACAGGUCUCUGCUGCUUGAUUGGAAUGUUCCAGAACGUCUUUUGAUUGCUGGUUGAAGUGAUAUAUUUGGAAAAGUUAAUUAAGAGCUCUGAGCUGAGAUGGACUGAGGGACCCGUGCCCCUGCUCCGCCCCCCCCCCCCCACCGCCAAGCGAUGCAGCCCUUUGGGCUGCCCUGAAGCUUGUAACUCCCACCUUGGUACCCCCACCGCUACACUCUGCCUGCUGCCAGACUCCAAUGAGGGCACCCCAGGAGUGAGACUCAGGAGACACGAGACUGGGUGACCUGGGGUGGGUCACGCUGCCCCGUGCUGAGCUGAGGGAGGCCCCAUGCAGCAGUCAGGGCCCCCAGGGAACGGACAGCGCCAGUGAGCAGCAGAAAACUGGGACCAAGCCCCAAAGCUGGGAGAUCCUGUGGUGCAUCCGGGGGCUGUGCCCCUGUUUCCCUUCCCUUGCAGUGGGACACUGGGCCCUGGGGUCAGCCUGCCCCGUCCUCACCUGCCCUUUGGGGAGCCUCGCUCCUCUCGGCCCUGGCAAAGAGAGAUGGUGAUAGCUGCCCCUCCUGAGGCUAAUGCACUGUCCAGGGUGGGGGACACCAUCUGCAAGCUCAGCCUUGACCCCAUGCCCCAGUGGACACCAACUCAUGGGGCCCCAGCGUGGCCAGCACCUGGCCUCGCAUGCUCAUGGUUUAAUCAGGUGGGCUGCUCAGUUUUCCCUGAGGCUGAGAAAGCCCCUCUGGGGCCCCUCCAAGACAGGCAGGUGGUCCCCAUCUCCCCUACAGUCCCCUUGCACUCCCACACCAGUAGGGACCCUAGGGGUGGGUCCAGAAUGACCACUGUUCUCUGGUCUGUCUUCUGCUGCUGAAGCUGUUGCAAAUGGCUGCUGGGGGGCUGCUGUGCCUUGCCUGUGGGGACCGGUGGCCCCCUUGGGGGUCCUGUUCUGGGAGUCUCUCCAGAGAGAGACUCCCGCCUGCACCACUCACAGCCCUCAGCCAGGCUGCUGACGGUUGCCUGCCCCGCCUACUGCUUAGCAGAGACUGCCGAGAGAUGCCUGAUGCCAGAGAGUCAGUGUGGGGCAGCGCCUGGGCCCCAGGCCCUGGCCCACUCCCUCUCCCACCGCAAUCCCAAGCACUCGGGCCACGGUCCUGAAGCCCUCUCCCUCCCCAGCUCUGCCACCAGCCACGCGCUCCCCUGGGCCUUAGUUUCCCCUUUGCUGGACCCAGGGAGGAGCCCUGAGUCUGCCGCAGUUCCCGGAAUUCUGGCAGUGCAGGCACCCCCACUCCCGGAGGAAGCUAAGUGCAUCCUGGGAAGAUGCUGCCAGGGCUGAGGCCUCUCUCCCACUGCCAGCGGGGAGGGGUGAUUAAGUAUUAUUAGUGUCUAUUCUUAAAAUUAAGUGGGUUGGAGAAUUGAGCUACAGAUGCCAGCACCUUAUAUGGGGUGCAGAGCUGGAGGACUCGAGCCCUGCUUCUCCAGGUAGGGGCUGGCUCUCCCGAGGGCUGGGAGAUAGGCCUCGGCCUCUGCGGGAUGCUUUUGUCCUGCUCCUGCAGGGAACCCAGAGACUGACAGGAUAGGCUUCCUCGACCUGGUCCCCAGACCAGGACAUGGAGGGAGCUCCCUGGAGAAACUCAGGCCGAGCCAGUCUCCCCAACUCUCCCAGGACAGCACUCAUGCACACACAUACCCCCCACGGUGCCAGUCCCAUGUGGCUCUGGCUGCCUCCACAGAAUCCCAGGGUGGGCCUGUGCAGGAUGAGCUGUGUCAUUCUCAUUCCCGCCCCCGGGGCCGGUGCCGCCUAGCCGGCUCCACGCUUUGCCAAAUGUACUGGGCACUGCCCUUCCCAUGCCACGCCAAGAUUGCUCUGUGCACAUCCCCGUGGGGGUCCCUGGGAGUUGUGUCUUGUACUGAGACAGGACAGCCACUUUCUGUCUAUGGGACAAGUCCCAAAGGUGAGGGCCAGAAAGGUGGUCUUCUGGGGCCCACUGUGCUCAUGUGUCAAUAAACCACAAGUUCUGAAAGCUG